AUGUGCUCGGCGUCUUACUGGAGAGCAGAGCUCACUUCAGUGUGGCUGCUCUUCCCAGGAUUGAACGCUCAGGAGCCUGGUCUGAAGUCUCCAGCCUUCCUUCAGGUUUUAUUUUUACUAAAGCCAGCCUGUACUCUUUUAAACCAGGGAGCUGAAGGCUGGCUUCUGAAAAUACACCCCACAGGCCACUCUGCCGUGGCUUGUUCAGGCAUUCCAGGGAGGGCUUGUUGACCUGAAGGUGUCCUCUGGCCCAGGUCAAAAGACCGGAGAAGACACUGGCGCCAGGACCCGCCACUGGCAAGGUAGCUGCCAUCUGAGGAAGAGUCUGCCGAAGGUGAAGGCCAUGGACUUCUUCACCUCCACAGCCAUCCUGCCCCUGCUGUUCGGCUGCCUGGGCGUCUUUGGCCUCUUCCGGCUGCUGCAGUGGGUGCGCGGGAAGGCCUACCUGCGGAAUGCUGUGGUGGUGAUCACAGGCGCCACCUCAGGGCUGGGCAAAGAAUGUGCAAAAGUCUUCUAUGCUGCGGGUGCUAAGCUGGUGCUCUGUGGCCGGAAUGGUGGGGCCCUAGAAGAGCUCAUCAGAGAACUCACCGCUUCUCAUGCCACCAAGGUGCAGACACACAAGCCUUACUUGGUGACCUUCGACCUCACAGACUCUGGGGCCAUAGUUGUAGCAGCAGCUGAGAUCCUGCAGUGCUUUGGCUAUGUGGACAUACUUGUCAACAAUGCUGGGAUCAGCUACCGUGGUACCAUCAUGGACACCACAGUGGAUGUGGACAAGAGGAUCAUGGAGACAAACUACUUUGGCCCAGUUGCUCUAACGAAAGCACUCCUGCCCUCCAUGAUCAAGAGGAGGCAAGGCCACAUUGUCGCCAUCAGCAGCAUCCAGGGCAAGAUCAGCAUUCCUUUUCGAUCAGCAUACGCAGCCUCCAAGCACGCAACCCAGGCUUUCUUUGACUGUCUGCGUGCCGAGAUGGAACAGUAUGAAAUUGAGGUGACCGUCAUCAGCCCCGGCUACAUCCACACCAACCUCUCUGUAAAUGCCAUCACCGCAGAUGGAUCUAGGUAUGGAGUUAUGGACACCACCACAGCCCAGGGCCGAAGCCCUGUGGAGGUGGCCCAGGAUGUUCUUGCUGCUGUGGGGAAGAAGAAGAAAGAUGUGAUCCUGGCUGACUUACUGCCUUCCUUGGCCGUUUAUCUUCGAACUCUGGCUCCUGGGCUCUUCUUCAGCCUCAUGGCCUCCAGGGCCAGAAAAGAGCGGAAAUCCAAGAAGUCCUAGUACUCCGACCAGCCAGAGCCAGGGCAGAGAAGCAGCACUCUUAGGCUUGGUUACUCUAUAAAGGACAGCUGCAUUUGUUGAGACUUUAAUGGAGAUUUGUCUCACAAGUGGGAAAGAUUGAAGAAACACAUCUCGUGCAGAUCUGCUGGCAGAAGACAAUCAAAAACGGCAACAAGCUUCUUCCCAGGGUGAGGGGAAACACUUAAGGAAUAAAUAUGGAGCUGGGGUUUUACGCUAAAAACUAGAAAUAAACAUCUCAAACAGUAAGAGUUGUCGUCUUCUAGGACUAGAACCUUGUGUCCUUUGAAUUCUCGCCCUGCCAGCUCCUAGAAAUUAUUUCAACCUUGGAAUCAGAUGUUAUGUCACCUGACCCAGUUGUUUCUGUAUUUGACUUAAACCUAAUUGUUGUGGCAGAAAGACCACCUCCAGUACUGAGGGGAGAAAGUUGUAGUUUCAAGAAGUCAGUAGUCACGCCCAUUUCCAGGUCCCUAUGAUAUCUCAUCCAACUUAAAAAGUGGGCCACUAUGUAAUGGCUUAUUUGGUGUAUCCCAAGGGAUGCCUGCUUUAGCACCUCAUAGGAAUUCCUGUUUCUCUCUUAACUCUCACCACAUCCCUGUAGGAUGCCAGGCACCACUCCAAGCAGAAGGUGAACUUACUAAAGAGAGGGCAGCCAAAAGGGAGAGGAGGACCCUGCGUGGCCCCGUGCAUCCUCUAGAAGCGAAACCAUCAAAUUGGCCAGCUGGGCAGACUCUACAGCAGCCCCUGGUCUGGUGGAAGUGAACCAUUUGUUAGCUGUAACUAGUUGGAUCAUAGCCAGAAAGAAUGCCUGUUUCUGCCUUUCUGAUUUAUUAAAAAUACAUGGUUGAGGCUCA